UGUUGUACAAAAGGGGAAGAAAUACAAAAGAGGAGAGUAGGAGACACUUCAGAGGAGAAAGUCAGCAGAGAUUACAGCGGAGAGAAGAUCAAGACAAAGGAGAGGCUGAACGUACUAAAUAUUAAAUCAACAUGAUCCUUCUCAUUUGGGCAACUUUACUUCUCUCUGUGAGAGGCAGCAGUGCUGAAACAGCUGAAAAACAACACUGUGACUAUCGUGGAUACUGUGUCACUCUCACUGAGGGAGAACUAACAGCAGAAGCUGGACUCUGUGUUGUGAUUCCAUGUUCUUUCACCACUGCUUAUGGCUUUACACCCCAAAGUAUAGUUUGGUACAAAUGUGAGCAAUCUACACAACAAUGUGAUGAUUCUGACAUGAUAUUUCACUCGAAGAAGUACAACCAAAAUGUUCAGCCUGGAUUCAGACGAAGAGUGUCGCUGUUGGAGCCUGAUGUGAGUCAAAACAACUGUAGCAUCAGAAUAAAUAACCUCAGUGACUCUGACAGUGGAUCAUAUCAGCUCAGAGUUAACGGUGAUCGGUUUGGAAGACCAGAUGGAUAUACAUUCUCUCAACGAGCAACUGUCUCUGUUACAGAUCUCACUCAGAAACCCUCAGUGAUGAUUCCUCCACUGACAGAAGGAAAGCAAACCACACUGACCUGCACUGCUCCUGGCCUCUGCUCUGGAUCUCGGCCUAAAAUUUCCUGGAUGUGGAGAGAAGCAGGAGGGAAUGAUUCUUACAUUACAGAAAACAUCGCUGUUGUCAAGACUGAGAAUCUGACUGCUGGGACAAAGAGAUACAGAUCAACUCUGGACUUUAGCCCUUCUGCUGAACAUCAUGGUACCAAUAUCACCUGUAAGGUCAGCUUUAAUGGUGGAACAACUACAGAGAAGACUUUGACUUUGAAUGUGAACUAUGUGAAGAAAGUUCAAAUAAGUGGGAACAGGAACCUGAAGAAGGGUGAGACUCUGAACCUGACCUGCAGUGUGGAAAGUUUCCCUCCAUCCUUUGUUGCAUGGACAAAACGCAAUUGCAUGGGCAGCCUGAUCAGAAACCGAAGAUCAUCCACACUUGUCAUUCCUGACGUGAGAGCAGAACAUUCUGGACAGUACGUCUGUGAAGCAAUGUACAUGGAAAGGCCUCUACUUUCAUAUGUUAACAUUACUGUGAGUUUGGAUCUUGUGAUAAAUUGUGGAUCUUGCCGUCCAGUUCUUCCCUGGGUUGUUGCCGGUGUGUCGCUCAGUGUACAUGUUCUUGUCAUUAUCCUCAUAUCUUGCCUUUGGAACUCCAGAAAAAAGGUGAAACCAAAUCAAGAGGACAGAACUUACAUGUCACUGCAAAGAACAGACACAUCUUCAGAGUAUGAGGUCAUUGCUCAAUGUUGAAACUAACAAAUCAGUACCAGCUUCAUGAAUGUCACUCAGAAACCCUCAGUGAUGGAUUUUUUUGGACUGUAAAGUGCUGCCACUGUAACUGUCAAUGUAACAUCCACAGACACAACCUUCAGCCUCAUUUGUCAGUUGGUUCCACCAGCUGUAGGUGUCUGAAUCUGUUCAGAAAUCAACCAUAAACACAGAAGCAAAAACAUUAUGGAGAGAAAAAUAAAACAUCAGGCAAACAGCUGAGAAGCAUAAUGAUGUGGAGUUAAGUAUAAGAUAUGUGUCAUUAUCUCUCCCUUCUCUGUGCUGCAAUCCUGGCCAGCCGACAGCCCUGGCCGAUCAGGCACAGCUGCGCUCCAUUGGCAGCUGUGCCUGAUCAGUAAUCAGUGGCAGAAGAAGCUUGGCUUGCCCCAUCACUCCCCACUGGCUCACUGUCUCUGCUGGCUCCAUGCCAGCCACAUUCUGCUUUGGCCCGCUUCAGCUCCGGGCUCCCCUUCCCUGCUCUGUCCUGCACAGCUUAUUCCCGGGACUCCCCCCCCCCUCCCCCUUCGUCUUUGUCUCGGCUCCCCAUCACUGCUUUGCUGCAGCUGCCUGUUUCUGCCGACUUCCUGUCAGUCACUCUCCCAGGUCUGCCUUGGUUCCGGUUUGUCGCCUCUUUAGUUGGACUUGUGAACUCGUGAGUCAAGUCGUUUUGUGUUAGUUUAGCCCUUAGCCCAUGUAGUGGCCUGUUUAGUUUAUUAUUGUUUAGUGUUUUAGUGCUCUGUUUGGUUUCUCGUUAAAUUCAUUGUUUUUUGUAUGGAAUUUGGUUACCUUGGUUAGUUCAGUCUGUGGUCGGCGUUUUCUGUUUGAAUAAAUCUUUGGUUCAGUCUGUU